AAGAGCCCGCCUUUCUUUGAACUAUCCAAUCAGCGACCAGCUUCUCUGUUUCCCCCUCUCGCUGUGUAUGUUGUGAUCUUCACGAGCGAGCGUGAGGCUCACGCGCUAGUUUCCAGCACACCAUGGAGGAGUCUCAAAAUUUCUCCCUUUGUGGUAAAGCGGCUGUAACUGAAGCUAAUCUGAGAGACGAGUACUACUGGAAGCUUGUUGCAGACUUCAUUGGUCCUCAGUCGGGUGAAGGAUUAGAUCUUGAGGUGGCACCAUGCAGGAACAGACUUUUGAUUCAAGUCGGUCUUCUGAGAGAAGACAAUAACUUUCCGUGGAUCGCUAUUGUAGAAUGGCUCAAGAAAAUCUUCCCCAGUCAUUACUCAGCUGACUUUCGUCGUUUGAUUGAAAGAGGCAUCGCAACAACGUUGAGUCUGGGAAGCGAUGCGAGGCUGACCUUCCUGGAAUCAGAUGCCAACUUUAACUUUGUUGGCCCGAUAUGUGAUAGCAUCGGAGUUGAGCGACAGCAUCUGUUGGAAAUGAAGGAUUUUUCAGAGAGAGGACAGUCGAUUGAAGUCACAAAUGGAUUGAUUUUAGAGUUGAGCAACUUUGUCGCCAGGGAGAAAAUUGCACCAGUUAUUUUAGUUACUUGGCUUCGAAAUUUCAACCCUGAGUUUUGCAAGAAUGGGAACGUUCAAAAGGCGUAUACAGUCCUCAAAGCCAAGAUAAAGAAAUUAAAACUUCAUUAUCGCAACUAUGAAACAAGAAGUCACAGGAGAAACGUAGCGAUGGAAAAUCUGCUUCAAAGUCCAUUUGAACUGGUACGGAAAAAAAUGCCAAGACUAAUCGUGAAGAAACGCAUUAAAAGGGAGGACUCCAUAAAUUAUGAAAAAGUUACAAUCAAGGAGGAAUACGAGAGCUGUGAGAUCUCACAAGGUGAAGGCUCUGAGAUGAAUGCGUGUGGUGGAAGAGAUAAGGAUUUGGAUACAUCCAACAGGACAGAAGAAAGCUCAGAUAAAAUAGGAGAGUCUCUGACCCUGCUGGAUAUUGCAAUGCUGUCCGUCCAAAAGCUGUCAAGUGUGUAUGGUGGGAAAACCACGACAUGCAAGCAAGUAUCCUUAGAUCUCCUCAGAAAUCAAUACACUUUAACAUGCAAGGAGCAUCCAGCCAUGGAGGAGUUUGAGAAAAAACUUGACUUACUCUGUGAAGACGUUACACUCGCCUCUCCUGUGGUGUUUCUAAACUACAAUGCCAACUUCCUUGUUGACAUCCACGACACCAUCGAGCAGCAGAUUAUGUCCUUUGAAAAAGAGAUUGUUCUCUCGACGGAGCAGAAACUUGGCCGCGACAAUCUUCCAAAGUUCAGGAACUUUGUGAAUUUGUCAGAAAGCGCCACUUCGCGCUACAUUCACAUGGCUUGCGAUAUCUUAAGCUCUCGCACGCCCGGUUCGCACAAUUACAGAAAACACUGGGUAGCAUUCUGCGAGGAAAAGAAAAAUCCCUCCAGACUCGCAGUAAACGAGUCAAACCGAUUCAACAGCUACUUCGAAGCUGCAGCUGGCCUUAUCCACCAUCACAAAGAGAUCGCACCCUUCUUCUCUGAUUUACUCUCACUUAUCAGCGAUGAAUGCCCAAACAUUAUUCUGGAGAGCGUCGCUGCUGAUGCUAAUGAUUCUGUGAUCCAAAGCCUCGUUUGUGUUCUCGCCAUCAUCUACUGCAAAGUCCUCGGUCCUUACUGGCAGCUCCUGAAAAGUGGAGGAGAGUACUCGCUCUACAGCAAGUACAUGCUCUGGCUCUACCAAAAGUUCCUCAAUUGGUCCAAAGAUCCUUCAACACUGCUGGAACCUGAAGAGGGUACAAAUGUUUUUCUGCAGUUCCCGUUGCAGGAGAAAUCCUUCAACGGAGUGUUCCAUUACUGCGGUCAGUGGCACACAAAUAGGGACCUAAUCAGAGCUUGCUUGAAGAGGAUGAUAAAGGUGAUUGCUGCCGUCACUGAGGAACACCUGAAGGAUUUCCUUCCAGGAGGACCAUUUUCUCAAGUCCCGUCACCAGAUCUGAGCUUACAACUGGUCAGCUGCACAUUCUCCGUCUUGAUGGCGGAUUAUCCGUUCGGCCAUACAUACCCUUACAAAACAAAAAGACCCGACAAGACCGUCAAACGGGGCUUCUCACACAAUAAUGCAUCAUCAGAUAGCUCUCAGGAAGACGACGACCGAUCUGGUUCAUCUGACCGCAGCUCAGAUGAAUCUUCCGGUUGGCAUGAUAAAAAGAAUGCCGACCAGCAAGAUGACUACAGUCCGCAAUCAAAGAAAGGUAAGAAAGAAAGGGUACCUAAAGAAGAACCUGAAGAGAUAAUGGAUUUAGACUACAUAACAGCUACAGUGACCAGAAACGGAGGGCCGUGCAAGACCCAGCAGGAUGUUGACAAAAUGCUUUUGCAGUUUGACGGAAAACCCCGAGCUGAGAGACGGGAAGCGAUCCGCUGUGAGAUCCUGUACCAGAAAAUGAUCCUGAACAACAAUGACCGAAACUUGGAUACUGCUUUCAACAACAGGUCACAAAUGUUGGUGAGGCUAAAGCUCUCACUUCCUCGUAUUAAACCCGGGUACUCUCUUGUUUUGGCGCCUAGAAAGACAAAAAUAAAGCCGGCGCCCAAACGGCAAGUGGAAGCAGCAGCUGAUCAGAGUGAAACCAGCCAAUCAUGAGAGCUGUGUCAUAUAAAAAGUGUGAUAUCAAGGAGAACGAGGGAAAUGAAAUUAUGUGACUGAUCAUGUGACUUCCUCUUAUGAUUCUUUAUUUACAGACUAAGAAGAAAUACUCUAUCAUGUAUGAAUCUGUAUAUAACAGAUGGAGCCGUCAUAGCUGUGUUACAAACUGGCAUUUUCAAUGCCAGUAAUUGAAAUGUGGUUUGAUUUUAAAGCUCUUAUACUUGUGAUAUAACAUAAAUCCUUAUUUGCAUGGUGCUGUAUUGUAACAAUGCUUUUCCAGAAAACUUUUUGUUGCUAAGAAUUGAAACUAUUUUUUUAUGUGAGAUUGUACCGAUUGUGAUCAUGCAGAGGUCAGUCGAUGAUCAUAGCUGACUUAAAAGAUGUUAUAAGUACUCAGACAAACAGAAUAAACAUCAACUAAUUGAA